GGUCUCCGCACACACAUUCUGUUAAAUCGUUUUAGCAAAAUUCCGCCAACAUUUUUUCCCUUCCCCAUCCACGACCGACUAGACGACAACUUCGCCCAGUGCCGACAAACAGCAAAAAUGGCUCCCAAGGACGUUAAGAAAGGCGGUGCCUCCAAGGCUGGCAAGGGUGCUCAGGCGAAGAAGGCUGCUCAGGCUGCCCUCAAGGGUGUCCACGCCCACAAGAAGACCAAGGUCCGCUACAGCACCACCUUCCACCGCCCCAAGACCCUCCAGUUGUCUCGCGCCCCCAAGUACCCCCGCAAGUCGAUCCCCCACGCCCCCCGCCUCGACGAGCACAAGGUCAUCAUCCACCCCCUCAAUACCGAGGGUGCCCUUAAGAAGAUCGAGGAGCAGAACACCCUCGUCUUCAUCGUCGAUGUCAAGGCCAACAAGGCUCAGAUUAAGCUGGCUCUUAAGAAGCUUUACGACAUUGACACCGUCAAGAUCAACACCUUGAUCCGCCCCGACGGCUCCAAGAAGGCUUUCGCCCGCCUCACCGCUGAUGUCGAUGCCCUCGACAUUGCCGCUACCAAGCUUGGCCUCGUCUAAACGUUCGGUCGUGUGAUGAUGGAUCGGGACUGGGAAUGAAAAAAAAAUACACAAAAAUGGUGUUGUCAACGAAGAAGGGAAUUGGGAUUGCAUUUUUCAAUUGGCGUCA